AUGUCACCACUGGCGACACCACUGCCGACACCUACUAAAACUCGUCCAACAACACCUGUACCUCCACGAGGACGUGCCAGAUCAUCGAGUGUGGGUAAAUCAAAAGGACCUCCAUCCACAGGAUAUAGUGUAGAUGAUAUUCAUUCAUUACAUCCUGAAUCACCUUCGAAAAAUGUUAAAGAAUCAUCGAAACUUACACCUCAAAAUCUUUCUCAUAUACGUGCUAAAUCACCCGCACCGCCCAUGACGAGAUCCAAAUCUUCAGCAAGCGCUUCCAGUAACACUUCCAGUAACUUAUUGAGCCCAAAAUUAACACCAAAACGUGGUACAUCGAAUCAAGCACCUUCUACUCCAAGAACUCCACCUACUCCAAAAACUCCACCUACUCCAAAACCUCCACGAAAAUUGACGGUUAUUGAACAAUUACAACAUAGUGAGUGUUCGACACGUAUUGAAGGCUUACUAGUUGUAGCACAAUUAAUAGUAAAACGAUCGUUGGAAUCAUCACCUGCGAAACAAAAAUCACUACUUCCACCUGAUGAAGAGUUAAGUUCAGUUUUGAUCAACUUCCUGAACGAUCCAGAUCAAAAAGUAAUUGAAAAGUUUAUGGAUCCAAGUAUCUUUGUUGAGCUAGCAAAAGUUAUACAACUAGAACAUUUUAUACCAAAACUUAUUUUAAGUGCUAAUGAUGAAAAUAAGCCAGAACAAUCUCAAAUAAUUCAAUCAUAUUUUCCUGGGUUGAAAUCAGGGAUUGGUAGUAAUAAAGCAUUAGCAGCUCUUAAUAAGUGUUUGUUGUUGUUAAAUAACUCCGGAACUUCGCAAAAAAAGCCUGCUUCAUUUACUCAACCUCAAAAGCGUAAGAUUAUUAAUGGAAUUCUUAUUUGGUUAAAUGAGAUUACCGUACCUAAAUUGGAAGAAGUUGAAAACAAUGGGACACUGAGUGGUUUUCUAGGUGAUGUGGAAAAAUAUAAACUCCUUGCAAAUCGCCUUAUUCCUAUGGUAUCCAUGAUGAAAAAUACUUCUGAAAACUAUAAACCGCUUAGUGAUUUAUUGAUUAAUAUGCAUAAAUUAAAUCCAGACCUUUUUGAGACAGUUUUAUUUACUUUUGAUAAUAAAAUUAUUGAUGCUGUUGGCAAUGAGGAAGAGCAACAAAGGCGUUUGGAACAAGAAGAAUUGCGGAAACGUUUGCAUGAAGAACAACGAGAACGCGAAAGAGAAAAACGAGAAUAUGAACGGAAAUUACAAGAACAAUAUCAAAGAGAGCAACUUGAACAACUCGAACGACAAAAACGUGAAAAAGAGCUUAGAUUGCGUGAACAAUUAGAAAAGCGUGAGCGCGAACAUGAACUUGAGUUGCUGCAGCAACAACGUGAAUAUGAAAUGCAGCAACAACGUGAAUAUGAAAUGCAGCAACAACGUGAAUAUGAAAUGCAGCAACAACAACGUGAAUAUGAAAUGCAGCAAAAACAACGUGAAUAUGAAAUGCAACAACAACGUGAAUAUGAAAUGCAGCAACAACAACGUGAAUAUGAAAUGCAACAACAACGACUUGAAUUGAUGCAACAACAACGUGAAUAUGAAAUGCAGCAACAACGUAAAGAUUCUCGAUACGAGAUCAAUGAUAGAAGUAGAAGAAGAGAUUUAGAGUGGAAUGAUAGGGGAAGGCAUUACGUCAAAGAUAACGACAUGAAUGAUAUGUGGAGCAGAGAUAGUGUGUCAAAUGACAGAGAGCAUCUUAGCGAAGACCAUGAGGAAGAUUUUGAAAGUGUUAGCGAAUUUGAGCUUAAUCAACUGGAAAAAGAUCAUAGAGAAAAAAGAUCUAUGAAUAAACCAGUGGGACGUGUGGUUUCGCUUCCACCGCCACCACAGGACUUUGGAGUUACCGACCUGGAUUAUCGAGAUCCUGAGAUAGCUAACUUAAAGGAGCUUGUAGAAAAAUUAGACAUGGAGGAACACACAUUAAAUGUAGUAAAUGACUUGAGUGAUAUGGCACCAAGUCGACCGACGAGCAUUUUUAUUUCGGAAGAUACAUUGAAACAUCUUUCUAAUACUUUAACUGGCAACAUUAAUCCAUUUUUCUUAAAUCCAGAAGAAAGAUUUAAUGGAAAUGAAAAAGUCUUAACUACUAUACAAGAGUCUGAAGCUUCAGAGAUGUAUUAUCCAACGGAGAAAUUUUCGCCUCGAAUGAAUAACGAUGGCGUUUCAUCGUUUUCAGAGCAGGUACCAGAAAACCUUCAAACCAUUUCGUCAAAUGCUGAAAAGGCUGACGGAUCGAUUAAUUCCCAAAUAAUUCAACCAACGGAAGAGAUAAAUGGAACACUUUCUGUGGAACAAACACAAUCCCCAACUUCUUCAGUAAAAAUGGCAUUACCAGGUGCUCGUGAUAGAGCUUUAAAACUCAUGCAGGCAGGACCACCACUUCCAGCUUCUGUUCAAGAGAGGCGAUUAUUGCUCGCUACUCACUUAGCACGUCUUAAUAAUCAUGAUGUAGAUAUAAGUCUUUUCCGUAAGCUGGCUAGAUUAUCUAAGGAAACACCAUUAUCUAAGAUGGAAACCGCUUCAGAUAUCUGGGAAAAUGGAGAUAGAUUUUCCGAAUUAAUAAUAGCAUUAAUAGGAUUCCUGAGCGAUUUUGAUGAGGCUACUGAAUUAAGGGAGAAUGCAGUUAUGUUACUUGGUCAAUUACUUAUUAAUCAGCCAGAUUACAUUAAUGGUUCUGAAAGAAUAGUUUUACGAAGUUUAUUAGAAUGUAGCUCUGAUUCAUCAGCCAACAUUUUGGAGACUUUUAUACAAGAAGUUGAUUGCAAAGUUGGUUUAUACGCACUGAUCGAUAUAAUGGAAUCAACUUUAUUUGGUAGUUCACUGGGCUUAAGUUCUCCUGGUGGUGAUAAUAUGUCUUCCAGUUCUCGGACAUCUAUGAAAAAAUACGCCUUUGCGGCAUUAUCGUUACUAGUUAAAAGGUUUGAUAAAAAGUCUCUAGAAAGACAAACUGGCAGAAUUAUCCCAUUAGCAAUUAAGGUUGGUCUUUUUAAAUUAGUAUCGACUUAUUGA